UACGCCACACGUAUAUUUAUAUUACGUUAUUUAUACAAUGAGUGUACCGAAGUUUUUGUGUCAAAAUUCUAUGCGCUUAAAUUGUAUUGAUUCAGCGCUCCACCCCAGUGAUUUCAAGAUCAAAACGAAAUUAUUUGCGUACGAAUUUAGUUCUCAGUUGGUUUCAAUGGGAACACUGUGGACGCCGACGUGGUGGGUCGUGCUUUAUACCAUAAGAGUGGGUACAACGAUAAAUUGUGCGGCUGAUGGAUAUGUUAUGCAGUCCGUGCAUUUCCCCGUUAAAAUCGACUGCUUUGUCCGUAAUGCCGCCAAUGGCAAUUUGUACGCCAAAACCGGCGGCAGAAUCUGGGUGAUAAAUUCAAGCCUUCAAGUGUUGACCACGGUGCCAGAAAAGAAUGCUAGAUCGGCCGUUAUAGGCAUAAUACUUUACUGGACGCUGGGGAACAAAGAGUUUGUGGUACCAGAAAGUUUUACAAUAAAUUCACAAAUGUUUGGAUACGAAUGCCUUGAGAGUGUGAAUACUUCUGUUCGUGCAGCGUUUGAUCGGAUGCAGUCGACGCUUCCGCCAAAUAAUUCUACUGCAGUGCUGUUGAACUGUCCGCAUAACGCCUGGAAGGAAAUUAUUUACACUUUCGUUACGAAGGCUACCACCUUCUACUUAAUUCGUAAUCAAGUUAAUGAAGCCCAGAUUUGGUACAAGAAUUCAACGGAGCUCUGUGACCGACAAUUUAUUCGCACCGUAAAUUGCGUAAGCAAAUCCUACGACAGGAAUAAGCCGAUUCCGUUCUAUGAGCCAAAAUCCGUAUUGUACACUGCGAGCGGCAACCCGAGCUCGCUAUUUAUCCUUUUUACGAAUCAUGCAGACCUGUCUGUCGUGUGCGAGUACCAGUGGGGGAGCGACAGCACGAACAUUAAUGAAUCCUGGAAACAAUCCGCAGCUUCUCGGAUUCUUCACACGGCGGCCAGGAAACUGUACAAAACUGGCUUUGAAGGAAUGGAGGUUUUGUUAGUGCUCGCACAAAACCAGAUUCUGAUGUUAUGUUUGCCCUUAACGAAUAACCCUAUUCCACCGGAAGAAAUAUUAGAUUAUGGUUUUGGAUUCCAAGACGAUACAUUUUUAACCGUAAAGGAUUCGCCGCUGAUAGUGGAUCUGAAGCCGAACGGCAACUUCAGUCAGGUGUACGUCUCUACGGAUUCUAUGAUGCAAUUGUCAUCAUUGUCGAGGAGAUUGACAACUUUCACAAAGAACCCGGUUGCAGAUCGCCCUGGUCAGUCUCGACAAGUGCGUCCGUUUCAAGAACCGCAUCGAAUGUCUAGGAUCCCAUCCCAGCCAGUGUGGAUGGUGUCCCUCCACAAACAGAUUUUACAGAUGUUCGUCCCGACGAUUCUGCACAAUUGGGAAUAAUAACAUAGUAUCAAAAAAUGCAUGGAUCAACAGCGACGACACUGGGGACGACCAAGGUGGAUUUUUAUCUACACGCACUCAAAGGCAAGAGCCCAGAGAACAACUUGAAGUUUAUGUCCGCAGCACGCCAGCGGCUAUCGGUUCUUUACUGCCAGCAUCAACGUUGUCCUUCUUGUCCGGAGAAAAGCAACAGGGCACUCUGCUAAUGGAUAUGGUGCUCUGGGUGGCCGUUGGGGUUGUGAUAAUCCUACUGAUAUUGACAAUCGUGUACCUGGUUAGGUACAUCGAGAUACGAAAAGCCAACCGUAAGCUUGUGCAGCGGCUUCGAGACCGAUAUCCGCAAUGUCGAGGGAUGAAGUCUUAUAGCAGAAUUCGGGAUACUUUGAAAGAGGAAGUUUCAAUCAAGGGUAGCUGGAACACAAAGACCGUUUAUUCACGGGUUUGUUAAUUUGGAAUUCGAAGAACGUUGGUACAUAACUCUUGCUUGCAGAAUAAUGUGUAUACACACAUCUUACUAUUUAUUAAAAUUUUGCGAUUACUACUGUCUUUACGAUUUUGGCAGUUAUUGUUUUUUUAAUGUGACAAUGUUCUAAGAUAUAAGGGGAAUUUACCUGCUGAGGCCAGCACUCCCUGCACUUGAUGCCGUCACUCGCCUGGAGUGUGACGAUACGGCAAUACAGUACAUACGGUUAAAUCGGGCGCGGUACAUAAGCACCAUGUUUAGCCACAACGUAAAACUCCAGCCGGGUGACCGCAGCAAGUACAAGGAGUGCUAGCCUCAGCAGUUGAAUUCCCCCUAUAUAGGAUAGUGCCAAUUGCAACGAAUUAGGUACAUAAAAGGUACCCUACAUUCGUUACCUGAGUUGCAGCAACGGCACCCGGUAGUGCCACCAAAUUACCAA